AUGUGGGUAGCUCCGGAGUCCGGAUUUGGCUGCGUAGCACUCUCCGCCAUAGUUUACGAGGGUCCGCAUGCGUGGUAUGCAGAUGACGGCAAACUGUCAGCGGAAGUGGUUGCGGUCCUCAAGGUAACUAUAAUCAAUUGUACUGGUCCCUUUGCAGUUUGUCUUCGAGGGCAUCCGAAGGACUAUCUAUUUGCCAUCUGGUUGACCCACUUUUCGGACGUGAUUGGGGCCUCGCACGAGUCCAACUUCUCAUUUUGGGGCGAGAAUCACAUUGCGACUGCCGGUUUUCGCUCAUUGGCCGAAUGGGGAUCGCCAGCAGCUCUGGAGACGGAGCUUCGAGCCAACGGGCCCAAGCUGCGUACGUUGAUCAAAGCCGCAGGCCUCUGGUAUCCUAAUGUAAACGAGAACACCUCCUCCAAGUUCCGCGUGGAUCGGAAGCAUCCCAAGGUGUCUAUGGUGUCGAUGUUUGGUCCCUCCCCGGACUGGGUUGUGGGCAUCAGUGGCGUCGACCUUUGCACUGACGACUGCAGCUGGAAGGAGUCUCUGGACUUCGAUUUGUAUCCCUGGGAUGCUGGCACUGACAGUGGGAUCACUUACAUGUCGCCCAAUUCAGAAACACAGCCCCCGGUACGGAUGUACCGCAUCACGACAAUGUACCCAGAAGAUCCCCGUGCUCCUUUCUACAACCCGCAGAGCCGCGAGAUGACGCCACUGGCCAAGUUGCAUCUGCGCAGAGAGAAGAUUGUCUCGCGUAACUGCGAUGAAGAGUUCCUGCAAGCGCUCCAGCUGGAGGUGUCGGACGAUGCUGAGGAGCAGGACACUCGCGCUGAGUGCCGUGUUAACGACUAUUCCACGUGGAGCCCAUGCUCUGUGACCUGUGGCAAGGGCAUCCGAAUGCGCAGUCGGCAGUAUGUCUACCCCCAGCAGGCGGAGCAGACCAAGUGCAGUCGCCAAUUGGUUUCCAAGGAGAUGUGUGUGGCUGCGGUGGCCGAGUGCGCCGACGGCUCAUCCCCCAGCCGCGACCGAGACGAGGAUGAGGGCGAGAACCUGGCCAACUCACAGUCACUGGUCAACGACAAUGGCGAGGGAGCCGGUCUCUGCAAGACAUCGCCCUGGAGCGUAUGGUCCGAGUGUUCUGCCAGCUGCGGAAUCGGAAUCACCAUGCAGACUCGCACCUUUGUCAACCAUCUGGGUCGCAAGCGCUGUCCGCACAUCACCAUCGUGGAGAAGAACAAGUGCAUGCGGCCAUACUGCACCUACGAGCAAGUGGAGCUGCCCGAUCCGACUUGUCCCACCACACAGUGGAGUGAUUGGAGCCCGUGCUCAGCCACCUGUGGUCGCGGCGUGACCAUCCGCACCCGUCUCUUGUUGCUGGAGAACGGACCCGAGAAGGAGAACUGCACGCAGCGAAUGGAGCUGCAUCAACAGAAGGAGUGACUCUGGUCCUUGCCGCGGCAG